CCCAUAAAGCCUUCCGAACGCAGCAAAAACCCUAGAAAAGAAGAAGAAGAAGAAGAAGAAGAAAGGUUGAGAUGAUGAAGAAUCUCCCAGAGGACAUAAUGAAGGAGAUCCUCUUAAGGUUACCCGUGAAAUCCCUGCUUCGAUUCAGGUGCGUAUCACAAGAUUGGCAGUGUUUGAUUAGUGAUUCUUCCUUCAUCACUCUGUACCAAAAUCGAAAUUCCAGAAAGGAAAACCUUUCUCUUUUCAUAACUGAUUAUUAUACAAAAACCUUUUACACAGUAGAGGACAAUUCAUGUUGUAAACUCUUCGAUAUGCCUGCCUUUACUUCUACCCAAUUAAAUGGAGAUAUUCGUUCGCUUUGUAUCAGAAACAGAGUCGUGGGUUCAUGCAAUGGGUUAUUAUGUCUUAUAUCGUCAGUAUUUCGGCCUAGCAAUAUUCUUUAUAGGGAAUUCAUUUACCUAUUCAAUCCAACCAUUCGAAAACUCAAAAAACUUCCACAUUCUUGUCGAUGUAUAUGCUUGAAUUACCUUGAAACUCGGCUUGGAUUUGGUUUUGAUCCCAUUAGUAAAGACUACAAGGUCGUUAAGAUUGUAUACUCAUAUGACAAUAGAACUAAAUCCAGAAUUGAUCAUAAGGAUGUCUGGGUGUACUCAUUGAAUUCUGAUCACUGGAGAAAACUUGGAGAUCAUAUCCCAGUCCCAAUCCCAAUCCCAAUCCCAAUCCUAAUCCCAUCUCAAAGACUAGAACUCCCUUCACGAACCCCAAUUGUAAAUGCUGCUAUUCAUUGGUUGGUAUCUUCAUGGGAUAAAUCGUCCUAUUCAAUAUUUUCUUUUGAUCUAGUACACGAAGUGUUCAAUGAGUUACCACAACCUCCUGAAAAUGGACGUUUCGAAGACAUUGUGGUGGUGGGAGGAUGCCUUUCUGUUUUCUCCCGUGGUCGCCAUAGUAUAAGUUAUUACUUGAUGGAGAUGUGGGUGAUGAAGGAAUAUGGUGUCAAGGAGUCUUGGACUAAACAGAUAAUCGUUUUGAAUUCGGAUGCUUGUCUCUAUAAACCAGUAGAAUCCUGGGAUGAUGAAAUUCUGUUCCAGCACGAACAAAAGAAUUUAGUUUUGUACAACAUCAAGAGCAAGACAGAAAGGGAUCCUGGAAUUCAUGGACUUCCAGCUCAUUGCAAAGCACUUACUCACACCAAGAGCCUUGCUAUGCUCAAGGGUUUGCGAACGAGCAUGCAGGGUGACGGGCGGAAGGGAAAAGAAGAAGAAGAACAGUAACAAGAAAAGGGGAAAAAAUCGGAACCCCUCUCUUUAAUCCUAUAUCCCUCUAAAAUU